AGUUGUUGUUGGUCGGUUUGGCGCCGGUGGAGGGAGUCAUUCCUGCAGCAGUACUUCCGGUCGGCAUUUUGUUCUGCGAGAGAGGGAGUCAGUCUGAGUGGAUCUUUUUAUCACCGCGUCAAUAGCCUUUGCAUUUUACCCCCCUUCCUAAUUGUUCUCUUAAACCAGUCGGAUUUUCACCCCCCCCUCGCUCCGUUUUCACCGGCGUCGGUGCAAAACCGGCCAGAGGAGCGGCCCGGGGGAUGUUCUCACCGUUGAAGGCUACAUGUUUUUAAGAAGGAAGAAGGAACCCUCCCGAGCCGGAUUAUUGUUGUUGCUGUGUUAUUUCUCCGCGGAACGGUGAGCGCGAGAAGCGGAGAGAGGGAACCAGAGACACGGAGCCGCGCCGCUCGCAGCCCUAUCAGUUUUCCAAACAAAACAUCCUAAGGCUAUCGACCCACUUACUGCGGGUGUUCUUCAGCUACUCCGUUGCACGGACAGGUGUCACCUGUGGAGAAGGCAGGGUCCGAGAGAGGUGCUUGUAGUAUGUGAACUCCGCACAAAUCAUUGCACAUUUGGGAGAUGUGAAGUACAGUCAGACUGUGGUCAGACGGUGGCAACACUGAGUACCCUGUGCAUCGACACGACCCCCCCACCCCCAUCUUCAGCAUGAAUGGGGAUAUGCCUCAUGUUCCCAUCACCACUCUUGCAGGGAUUGCUAGCCUCACAGACUUGUUGAACCAGCUGCCCUUGCCCUCCCCUCUCCCUGCCACCACCACCAAGAGCCUGCUGUACAAUGGGAGGAUUGCUGAUGAGGUCAGCUGCCUGCUUGGUUGCAGGGAUGAGAGCCUGGUGUCCCAGCUGGCACAGGGCCUCAGCCAGGUCUCCACCGAGCACAUAGAACUGAAGGACAACCUGGGCAGUGAUGACCCGGAGGGUGAUGUUCCUGUGCUGCUGCAGACAGUGCUGUCCAGGAACCCCAACAUCUUCAGGGAGAAAAGUAUAAUGCAGCAGCCAAUGAUGCCACAGUACAAGAUGUCCCAGAAUUCCAUGCAUGGCAGCCCAGCAUCAACAAACUACCAGCAAACCACUAUCUCACACAGCCCUUCCAGUCGCUUUGUUCCUCCACAGGCAGGUUCAGGAAGCCGGUUUCUGGCCCAGCAGAGCAGCCCGGUGCCCAGCCCCUAUGCUCCGCAAAGCCCUGCGGGCUACAUGCAGUUCCCACAUCUGCAUGGCUAUGCCCAGCACCAGCAGAUCCCACAAGACCUUCAUGGCUCUCCUCUGGUCUCGGCCCCUGCUUACUCAGGAAGCCCCCAGAGACCUGCACAGCCUUGUCUGGUGGUCCACCCCCAGCCAUCCCCUCAGCAGAACCCCUCCACCCCAACUUUAGUAGCCAGUCCCAUGGUGCCUAGUGGCAUGAGGAACAUCCAUGAUAAUAAAGUGCCGGGGCAGAUGACAAGCAAUUCAGCCAAUCAUGCAGAUGGUGCAAGGCAUGGGUCCAGUGAAGACUACAUGAAUAUUGUUCACAGACUUGGGAGUGAGGAGAGUGACCCCUCCAUGAGGAAUGCCUCCUUUCCCCUUCGUUCUCCCCAGUCUGUAUGCUCCCCUGCAGGCAGUGAUGGGACGCCUAAAACGGCAUCUCGGCCUCCGCUCAUCCUGCAGUCUCCACCCCCCUAUACAUCUCCCCGUGACGCACCCCCCGACCUCCUACUGGACUCCCCUGAUCGCAAAAAGAGGCAGAAGAAGGUGAACAAAGAGGAGAAUGAACAGGUUGACAAAGCAGCCAUGUACGAUAUUGUCAGCUCACCUUCCAAGGACUCUACCAAGCUGACACUGAGGUUGUCUCGGGUGAAGUCAUCCGAGAUGGAUCCAUCAGGAGAAUUGUUGCCAGGUGUGGAGCCCGGUACAGACCCAGAGGGUGAUGUGACAUACAACAGCUUGUCAUAUGCCGCAGCCCAAAUGCCACAUACACCUCAAGACCCAAGCAGCCGACCUGGCAUGGGGCAUUGUCUAGGUACAGGCGAGUCGGCUGUUUACCUCCAGGCCUCGCAGGUCCCUGUGUUGCAGAACACAGGCAUGCUCCCUGGUAAACAGCCCACUGCUGGAGGUGCUGCCAGCAUGCCGUAUGACGAGGUGGAGAUGGAUGCACUGGCUGAGAUUGAGAGGAUAGAGCGUGAGUCAGCCAUCGAGAGGGAGCGCUGCUCCAAGGAGGUGCAGGACAAAGAUAAGCCACUGAAGAAGCGGAAGCAGGAUUCGUAUCCUCAGGAACCUGGGGCAGGUGGCACAGCCGGCGGUCCUGGCGUGGGGGGUGGGGGCAGUGCUGGCAACAAAGUGGCUCCCCAAGAGGCCUCUGCUGCAGGCAAUGGUGUCAGCCGGCCAGCCUUAAUGGUCAGCAUUGACCUUCUGCAGGCGGGCCGUUCAGAGGGCCAACUUGACCUGUGCUUAGCUACACCAACGCCUGCACUGGAGGCCCAGAGGUGGCCAGAGGAGCCCCAGGGGCGUCCUGUCACAGAUGGGUCUGGGCUGGACCCCAACAGCGUGCUUCGGUUUAAAUCUGGCCAGGAUGCCGGGAGCAGAAGGUCUGAUGGGGAGAUGAAGGCUGCAGAUGUCCGGUCUGAGAUCAUAAAGCAGCGAGGAGAGACACCGAAGAAGGGGAGCACAGAAGUAUCCAGACAGAAAGGUUUGGAUGGCCGUGCAGAGACCCACAAACACAAGCAUGACAGCCGGCGUGACUCUUCAGGCAAGCUACUCAACUCUGACAAGAGGGUGGACCUGUCAAAGCACAGACCUGAUGGCCGGGGACCUGAUACGCCACGUCAUCGACAGGAGGGCCGUUCCACAUCAUCUUCUGAUUCCUCAAGGAGGGAUGGGCACGAUGGCCACAAGGGAAGUGGUGCGGUGGACCCAUCCCGGAUCCGCCGACCUGAUACUCCCAAAUCCUCUGGUAGGGGGGAGUAUGGACGUGACAGGGACCGUGAUCGUGAGAGGAAACCAGGAGAGGUGCGGUCCCCAGACCAGCGUUCAAGACCAGAUAGCCCACGCAUAAAGCAAGACCCUGGGUCUCGCCCACGCCCUGAUCAUCCAGGGUUUAAGCCUUCUAGUGGGAAGGACGACAGGCGGAGUGGUGAGGGCAGCAGGAGUCGUACUGAUGGAUACAAGCAGCAGCCUGACAACAAGCCUGGAGAGUUCCCUAGCUACCUCUUGGGGGGCAAGUCGGGGGCACUAAAGAACUUUGUCAUCCCUAAGAUUAAGAGGGAUAAAGAUGGAAAUGUGGUGUCAGAGCGACGGUCCCUGGGGAGCUGGAAUGAGCCACGGGUGAAGUUGGAGCGCCUGGAGAUGGUGGAAGACCUCCAUAAGGGGGCCAAACCUGUGGUGGUUCUUCAAAAACUUACCCUCGAUGAAGUGCAGAAGUUUAUUCGGGAGAAAGAGGGCAGGAAUGCUCAAAGCUCCAAGUCUAGCAAGAGCAGGCCCUCCUUGUGCAAGUCUGAGAAAGGUGACGUGGACCAGUCAGUGCUGAAGGAGCUUCCUCCACACCUUCUGGCUGAGAUAGAGUCCACUAUGCCGCUGUGUGAGAGGGUAAAGAUGAACAAACGCAAGCGAAGUACAGUAAAUGACAAGCCGAAGUAUGCUGAGGUCAGCUCUGAGGAUGACAGUGAGUGUGUCACUGAGUCAGCUCGGAAAAGGCAUAAGAAGGAUCGUGACCGCGCCUGGGAAUAUGAGGAGAAGGAGUCACGACGAAGUGGGGGGGGUCACGAGGGCCGUAGGGCUUCUGGUAGCCGCCAGCGGGACCGCAGCCCGGAGUAUUCCGAAGAUGAAUCCCCACUGCCAAACCUGAGUGACUUGGCUAGAAAGAUGAAGAAGAAAGAAAAACAAAAGAAGAGGAAGGGAUAUGAACCAAAGCUCACACCUGAAGAAAUGAUGGAUUCGUCAACAUUUAAGCGUUUCUCGGGAAGUGUCGAUAACAUCCUGGAAAACCUUGAGGAUAUGGACUUCACUGCUUUAGCGGAUGAUGACGAGAUCCCCCAGGAACUGCUGCUUGGGAAGCACCAGCUGAGUGAGCUGGCCAGCGAGUCAGCCAAGAUCAAGGCCAUGGGCAUCACCAGCAGGCUUACAUCAGACAAGCUGGUAAAAGUUCUGAAUAUACUGGAGAAGAACAUUCAGGAUGGUUCAAAGCUCUCCACUCUCAUAAACCAUGACAAUGAUGCUGAGGAUGAGGAGCGACUGUGGCGAGAUCUUAUCAUGGAACGGGUGACCAAGUCUGCCGAUGCCUGCCUUACAGCCCUCAAUAUUAUGACAUCUCUGUACAUGCCCAAGGCUGUGUACAUUGAGGAUGUGAUCGAGAGGGUACUCCAGUACACCAAGUUUCACUUGCAGAACACCAUGUAUCCUCAGUAUGAUCCUGUGUAUCGUGUGGACCCCCAUGGAGGUGGGAUGCUGAGUUCCAAGGCGAAGAGAGCCAAAUGCUCCACACACAAGCAAAGGGUUAUUGUCAUGCUCUACAACAAAGUGUGUGACAUCGUCAGUAACAUUUCAGAGCUCUUGGAGAUCCAACUCCUAACAGACACUACCAUUCUCCAGGUCUCUUCCAUGGGCAUCACACCAUUCUUUGUGGAGAAUGUCAGUGAGCUGCAGCUGUGUGCCAUCAAGCUGGUGACUGCAGUGUUCUCACGGUAUGAGAAGCACAGGCAGCUGAUUCUGGAGGAGAUCUUCACCUCUCUGGCUAGGCUGCCCACAAGCAAACGUAGUCUCAGGAACUUCAGGCUGAACAGCAGCGAUGUUGAUGGGGAGCCCAUGUACAUCCAGAUGGUGACGGCCCUUGUUCUCCAGCUUAUUCAGUGUGUGGUAAUUCUUCCCAGUGAUAAGGACAAUGGCAGUGAGGAUGAGAUCGACAAGAAGGUGGAUCAGGACGUCUUGAUCAUAAACUCGUAUGAGACUGCGAUGAGAACUGCUCAGAACUUUCUUUCCGUGUUUCUCAAAAAGUGUGGCAGCAAGCAGGGUGAGGAGGACUACCGGCCAUUGUUUGAGAAUUUUGUGCAGGAUCUGCUGUCAACAGUCAACAAGCCCGAGUGGCCAGCUGCUGAACUGUUGCUGAGCCUACUGGGUCGACUGCUGGUUCACCAGUUCAGCAAUAAGCAGACUGAAAUGGCCCUUCGGGUUGCUUCCCUUGACUACCUGGGCACAGUGGCUGCACGCCUCCGCAAGGAUGCAGUUACCAGCAAGAUGGACCAAGGAUCCAUUGACCGCAUCCUCCAAGAGACAUCUGGGAAUGACGAGACACAGCAACUGCAGAAGGCUCUGCUGGAAUAUCUUCAGAAAAAUGCUGAAACAGACCCUUCGCUUGUGUUUGCACGGAAGUUCUACAUUGCUCAGUGGUUCCGCGACACGACUACGGAAACCGAGAAGGCAAUGAAGACGCAAAAUCAGAAGGAUGAGGAUUCAUCUGAGGGUCCACACCAUGCAAAGGAUGUGGAAGUCACAGGGGAAAUCAUGCAAAGAGCAGAGGCACGCAAGAAGUUCCUGCGAUCCAUCAUCAAGACCACACCUUCACAGUUCAGCACACUCAGAAUGAACUCUGAUACCGUGGACUAUGAUGACGCUUGCCUCAUAGUCCGAUACUUGGCCUCCAUGAGGCCGUUUGCACAAAGCUUCGAUAUUUAUUUAACACAGAUCCUGAGAGUGCUGGGAGAGAGUGCGAUUGCUGUCAGAACCAAGGCAAUGAAAUGUCUUUCAGAGGUAGUCGCUGUGGACCCCAGUAUUCUGGCCCGACCGGACAUGCAGCGCGGGGUGCAUGGACGUCUGAUGGACAACUCCACCAGCGUGCGUGAGGCAGCAGUGGAACUACUGGGGCGAUUUGUGCUGAGCCGGCCACAACUCACUGAGCAGUACUACGACAUGCUCAUUGAGAGGAUUCUGGACACAGGCAUCAGUGUGAGGAAGAGAGUGAUCAAGAUCCUGAGAGAUAUCUGCCUGGAGCAGCCCACCUUUCACAAGAUCACAGAAAUGUGUGUGAAGAUGAUACGAAGGGUUAAUGACGAGGAAGGCAUCAAGAAAUUGGUGAAUGAGACAUUCCAGAAGCUGUGGUUCACUCCAACGCCCAGUCACGACAAGGAGGCUAUGACCAGGAAGAUCCUCAACAUCACUGAUGUGGUUUCUGCAUGUAGAGACACUGGGUAUGACUGGUUUGAACAACUUCUACAAAACCUGCUGAAGACGGAGGAGGACGCAUCCUACAAGCCAGCCAGGAAAGCCUGUGUGCAGCUGGUAGACAACCUGGUGGAGCACAUCCUGAAAUAUGAGGAAUCCCUGGCAGAUUCAGAAAACAAGAGCGUGAACUCCAGCCGCCUGGUGGCUUGCAUUACAACACUCUACCUGUUCAGCAAGAUCCGUGCCCAGUUGAUGGUGAAGCACGCCAUGACCAUGCAGCCCUACCUCACCACAAAGUGCAAUACCCAGAGCGACUUCAUGGUGAUCUGUAAUGUGGCCAAAAUCCUAGAGCUGGUGGUGCCUCUGAUGGAACACCCCAGUGAGACCUUCUUAGCUACCAUUGAGGAGGAUCUGAUGAAGCUCAUCAUUAAGUAUGGCAUGACGGUUGUGCAACACUGCGUGAGCUGCCUUGGAGCUGUUGUAAACAAGGUUACCCACAACUACAAGUUUGUCUGGGCAUGCUUCAAUCGCUAUUAUGGUGCACUGAUAAAGUUGAAAACCCAACACCAGGAAGACCCAAACAGCACGGUUCUGGUAGCCAAUAAACCCGCGCUCCUGCGCUCCCUGUUCACUGUGGGAGCUUUAAGCCGUCACUUUGACUUUGACCUGGAGGAGUUCAAGGGCAGCAACAAGGUUGUGAUCAAGGACAAAGUGCUGGAGUUGCUGUUGUACUUCACCAGGCAUGAGGAUGAGGAGGUGCAGACCAAGGCCAUCAUCGGCUUGGGCUUCCUGUUCAUCCAGCACCCGAGCUUGAUGUUCGUCCAGGAUGUCAAGGGCCUUUAUAACGGUAUCCUGUCAGACAGAAGUAGCUCCGUCAACCUAAAAAUCCAGGUGCUAAAAAACCUCCAGACGUACCUGCAAGAGGAGGACACACGAAUGCAGGAGGCUGACCGCGAGUGGAAGAAGCUUUCCAAACAAGAGGAUUUGAAGGAGAUGGGUGACAUUUCAUCUGGCAUGAGCAGCUCCAUCAUGCAGCUUUAUCUGAAGCAGGUGUUAGAGUCCUUCUUCCACACGCAAUCCAGCGUGCGUCAUUUUGCCCUCAACGUCAUCUCACUCACACUCAAUCAGGGCCUUAUCCACCCCGUGCAGUGUGUGCCCUAUUUGAUUGCCAUGGGAACGGACCCAGAGCCCACCAUGAGGAAUAAAGCUGACCAGCAGUUAGUGGAGAUUGACAAGAAGUACACAGGCUUUAUUCAUAUGAAGGCUGUGGCAGGGAUGAAGAUGAGUUACCAGGUACAAGAGGCCAUAUGGACAACUCAGGCUUCAGUGAUCCGAGGCUUCCGGCAGGACGAAACCCACAUGGCGCUGUGCUCGCACCUAUAUAGCAUGGUGCGGGGAAACAGGCAGCAUCGCCGAGCUUUCCUCAUCUCACUUCUCAACCUGUUUGAUGACAGCUCUAAGACUGAGGUGAACAUGCUGCUAUACAUCGCAGACAACCUGGCCUGUUUCCCCUACCAGACGCAGGAUGAACCCCUUUUUAUCAUGCACCACAUCGACAUCACACUGUCUGUCUCAGGCAGUAAUCUUCUGCAAUCCUUCAAAGAGGUGCGUAUGACUCUUGUAGACACUCACACAUACAACUUACAUAAAAGCACUGAAAUGGUCCCCUCUAACUCUUCAUUCUCCGCCCCCCCUACACAACAGUGCUUACAGAAAAAGUGCAGGCGGUGGGAAAAGAAGCAGCAAGAGCGGAAGUAUGCUUCUGAAGAGGAGGAUGGUGAUGUAAGAAGCAGGAAUGUCAGCAGCGAUGAAGAUGAAGUGGUGCAGCGGCCUAAGAAGUUGAAGCAAAUAGUGGAUUCUGACUCUGAUUCAAACUCUGGGUCCAACUCGGACUCUGACUUGGAGACAGAGGAUGUGGACAGUGUGAUGAGGCGGCUUCCUCAUAAUCCUGCACCACUGUUGGAUUUUGCUAAUGCCUCCCAGGGCAUUCUGCUGCUCCUGGUGCUGAAACAGCACCUAAAGAACCUCUAUGGCUUCUCAGACAGUAAAAUCCAGAAGUACUCCCCUACUGAGUCGGCCAAAGUGUAUGACAAGGCAGUGAACAGGAAGCCACAUGUACAUUUCACCCCCCGUCAGACACUAGACUUCCUGUCUAACAACAUGUCCAGUGCUGAACUCUCCUACGAAACCAAGAGGAAAAUUGUCAGGCAGUACCUGGAUUUCAAGUUGCUGAUGGAACACUUGGACCCAGAUGAGGAAGAUGAGGAGGGAGAAGCAUCAGCUAGCGCCAAUGCCAGAAACAAAGCCAUUACUGCACUGCUAGGUGGCUCUAGCCCCAAGAACAACACCACUCUUGACUCAGAAGAUGAUGAGAGUGAUGGCGAUGAGCGAACUCCAGGGUCAUCUCGGAAGGUCAAACGCGGAGGAGACUCUGCAGAGGCAUCUGGUCACAUGAAUGAAACAGUGGAAGCUAUGGACGUCAUUGCUAUAUGCUGUCCCAAGUACAAGGAUCGGCCACAGAUUGCACGGGUCAUCCAGAAGACCAGCACUGGUUACAGUGUCCACUGGAUGGCUGGCUCUUACUCAGGCACCUGGGCUGAGGCUAAGAAGCGUGAUGGACGCAAACUGGUGCCCUGGGUGGACACCAUCAAGGAGUCGGACAUCAUUUACAAGAAAAUUGUCUUGACGAGCGCGCACAAGCUGACUAAUAAAAUGGUGCAGACUUUACGAUCGCUGUAUGCAGCAAAAGAGGGGACCUCCAGCUAAUUUUGGUUACUCCUACAUGAACAUCUGAACUUCACUGGGAUCCAAUAUUUUCUAAAGAAUACUACAAACACACAGAACUUUAAAUACAACAUUCUGAUGAACCUGAGGGAGUAAAGAAAGGCCUAUUAAAACUGGUCUAUGAAGAACAUAAGAGAUGUGGAUCCAACACAUGCUGUGGUUAACCAGGAUGAAACUACAGGAGAAGGAAAUGUUUGGUAAACAUUGUGUGGGAGUUCCUUCGCUGUUGUGCAGCAACCCGGUUGUUUGAUUUCUACUCCCACUGUAUCAUAGUUUAACAAAAAUGUUUAUAUCUGACAAAUUCUGUUUAAAAAAAAAAAAUAAACUUAAAGUGAAUGUUGGAAAUUAGUGUGUUGAUGUUCUUAAUAAAGUGUUCUUGGAGUAUAACCUAGUACCGGAUGGCUUUCUUUAGCAUAGCUCAAUCUCCAGGGAAGCAGUUUUUUAUAUUUGUUUUUAAUUUUUUUGGGGGGGGGUCCAUCCAUGCUGUACAAUGGCAGAGUCUCCUGAAUAUAAUUUAUGUUUAAAAGGAAGCAUACAGUAUACGUGGCCUACCUGCAGGAGGAUUUUUGUAAAUGUAGAUUUUGAUGUAUUAGGUCACCAGGUUAGUAAUGAGAGAAAGGGAUCCC